GCUGGAGAUCGGCUGCUGGCCCAGGCUCGCUUAAUUUUUUCCACAUGCAGAAUUCCCACCCGACUACUCCGAAUGCGGUGGGAACCUAUCCUGAUUUAAUAUUUCUAAAAUAGAAGUUUCCUUGUCCCCCAGGUAAGCCCGGCCAGGACUGUUUCCCCAGUCCUCCUCGCCUUCCAGGAGGCGCCGCAGGAAGCGGGAAGCCGGGGACCAGCGGUCGCUGGGCUUGCGGGAUCCGCGGGUCCCGCCCGGAUCUUCAGCAGGCAGCGGCUCAGCACCCAGGCGGCUCUAGGCCUCGAAGGACACGGUUGGGGUACUCAGGGCGCAGAGAGGGGAGGUCGCUCUGGGUCCCAGCCCGCUAGGCGUCCUCUGUAGCUCAGAAGUGGUGACAAGUCGGCUGCUGCUGUGUGCGGAAGGAGUCAAGGCCCCAAGGAUUGGGGAUGGUGGCGCGGGUUCCCUGAGGUGGCCGGUCAGGGCUGAGAGCCCGUGGCUUCCACCUUAGAGCUGGUGCCCUGCCACCACGUAAUUACCUCGCCCCGGGAAGGGGAGAACGGGGCAUCGGCCUAGGAGGCGGGCAGGGCGCCUUGCCCGGGUGCGUGCGGAUGCGGAGUACGGGGCGCAGCCCGGGAGUUAGGGGAACCCUGGGCCUCUGCUGCUCCACAGCCAUUUCCAGGGACCUCUGGAGGCGGCCUGCAAAAUUUCCAACCCCCAGACCAGUCUGGCGGAAGGCCCGGCCAGGGUCAGAGGUCGUUGUGGGGAGAGACUCUCAACGCCCCCAUCCUAUUGCGGGCGGCCAGGCUGGGGCCGAGUCGGUCCGGAGCUUCGAGAUAGGGUUCUUUCCUUCUGUCCCACACCCAGCCAGGUCUGCCCCAGGGAAGGGGCCGGGGCCCAAGCCUCCUGCGCCCCUCCUUCCAGCCCCCAGGCCUGGCUGUGCUCCGGGGCUGGAUGGCGUGAAAGUUUCAGCCUCAAUCAGUACAAUCUUCCCUCAGGGUCACGUGAACAAAUAUGCUCGCAUUUGAAGGCAGCGUCUGUAUUUCCCGACUAUGAGGGGGUUUCCGGGGCUCUCUCCAAAUCCAGAAAGGACCACGUUCCGCAAACAAAACAAAUCCCGAGCUCUGGGGGGCCUGGGAGGGCUGGGCAGAAACCCAGGAGUGGGUGGGGGCGCGGGUGGCCGCCGCUCUGGGCCUGAGAGCGGACGGGCGGGCGGGUGGACCGACGGGCGCGCAGCGCAGGCGAAACCAGUUCGGAGACUACGAACUCGUUCCUCCUGCGUUUAUUGGUAGUUGAACCUCAGCCUGGUUCCGUUCUACCGGGAAUUCCGUAUGCUCGGGUAUAUGGCCGCGUCUGCAAGAGCGCAAGACCAGGGUUGGGACAGUGUUGUCUGCAGACAAAGGGGGAAGGCUAGCUCUGCCCCCCACUGGCGCCCACUCUGAGGCCGAGGACACCGGGUUUAUGAUAAAUUGGGAUCCAGCCUGCGUAGACCUAGAUACACUUCUACAUAUACAUCGAGGAUGGUGAUUAAUUGUAACGAGGCGCGCUUUGUGGGGACGUUCCUCGCCUACCAAAAGGUUAGGAGGACACUACCUGCCAGGCUUGGAGGGUGGCCGGAGGCAUGGGGGUGGUAGUAGCAGUUUAAGGAACGGGUCUGAUGAAGGGACUGGGGGCAGGAGGAAGUAUUUUGGGGGUAAAUAUGCAAUUAUGAGAAUAGGCUGAAAAAUGAAAUGAAUAAAAAAAACCCUUUUUACACUGUCACUGCCAAAGUAAGAUGAAGCGUCAUAUUAAUUUUGUGUCUUGGGCUGCCAGGUUGGGCACAGGCGUGUUGAUUUAUAUGUAUUUAAAAUAAACUCGGUGGCUAGCCAGCUCCCUGCAUUGUUCUGGGAGUGAGCUACACACAAGAGGGCUUUACCUCUUGCUGGUGGCUUAAUAUUUUUUUCUUGAGAGGUUAAAAUGCUACUGAGCUUCUCCCCCACAAAUUCAAGAGAACCCCAAACUACCCAGAAGAGUUUGGGAGGCUCCCCUACACUCCCCCCAUCAAUCUAGGCUUCUGACUACCAUAGUGGCAGAGAAAAGAUUUAGGGUUUUGGGGUCCUUUUCCCCAAAGAACUCUGAGUGAAAACGAAACCAUAUAUUGGUUCCUGAAUCCAAUCUAUUCUUUUGUUUGCUUGCUCCCUGUGGUUCCUGGCUGGCGGAGGGAAGACAUCCCAACCCGGAUCUUUGCGGGCCAAGGCCGAGUGAGCAGGUCCAUGAGCCCGAGUGAGUGGCUUCAAGCUCAAGGAAACGCCACUGGGCCAGGCCGGACUCGACCUCUAUAGGGAAAGGACCCCCAAAGCAAGGAGCACUCCCUUAACCUAAGUUGAGACAGGCCCCAGCAGGAGAGAGACUGACUUCUAGGGACAUUGCUAUCAAAGGAGUGCAGUAAAGUUGUUUCCUCAAUCGCCUGUGUCUGGCUCCAUCAAAACUUAAAGUCGCUGGACAUUUUUCUUUGCUCGCUGCCUUGGAGCUGCGCGCCUGCCAGCUUAGUCAGCUGAAUCCAAUUACUGCGAGCAGCAUUUCAUUUGGCCCCAUGGAGCACUCACUUAUAACUUCCCCGAAAAUUUCAAUAAUCCCCACCAAGGCUCUCUGCUGGCCCUAUCCUAAAGAGUUUUCCCGGGGUGCUGCUGGGGGAUGAGGGAUAGGGCUGAGGCUGCCUGGAACCAGCUCUUCGUUGACAGCUGGCAGACGGGGCUCUCUACUACUGCCCUCAGUUUUUGGCUCUGGAAAGGGUACUAGUGCUGGUGGCCCAGAGCCAGCCAGGCUAAGGCCGAGAUUCUGGGCAAGCAAAGGGCCAAAGUUGGGCCCUUGUAGGAUGGUGGGUGGUCAGGGGAGGAAUGUGGGAGAAAGUGCUGGGGGCUUUUCCGGUAAUCCAACUUUGGCCAACUUGGGGUCCUUUUUCCUUCCCCUUUCCCAAGCCAAGAGGUGACCAGGCACCCCUGAAUGCCCAGGCGCAAACUUACCCUGUUUCUCCGUGGCUGGAAAACAAAAUCUAGCCAGAGACGUCAGGGUAUCGUGGCCCUAGCUGGCGUCUCAACUUAGAUCUUUCGAGGGGAUGCUCCUACUACUAAAAAACCCCUCUUUAAAGAUAAAUAAAUAAAUAAUAAGCAGGGAAAGUUGACGUCCGCCCACGUGAAUGUACUAUACAAAGCAGCUGCAGGACCCGAGGGUUUGAGACUCCUGGUACCUUGCGCCUCCGCCGCACCACCCUCAGGGCCCAGCCAGCCAUUCGGGCUUGGGGUGGGGGCGGGAGAGCGACUUUUCCCCCUGGGCCCGGGGCGGCGGGGAAGCUGAAGCUGGGGCGCGAAGUUAGGAGCCCUACCGGGCUGGGAUCUCUCUGAAGCGCUUCCGUUGGGUGUUCAUUAAGGGAUCCACCUCCAUAGGAUAUCAAAAGAAACCAGAAGAGCCUACAAAAAGAGACAAAAUUCAAGAAAACACACAUAUACAUAAUUGCGGUGACCUGGAGCCUGGGGGCUGGCCCAGCUCUCUCAGGAUUCUGAAGACAUUGGAGGUGGCCUCGAAGGAGACAGUGGUAGUCAAUGUUAUUUGAGCAGGGUCAGCAGGCCCUGGAGCUUCCUGAGUGCACAAUGCAGAAGGCUGCUUACUAUGAAAACCCAGGAUUGUUCGGAGGCUAUGGCUACAGCAAAGCCACUGACACUUAUGGCUACAGCAACCCUCAUCAGCCCUACCCACCCCCUGCUGCUGCCAACUCACUGGACACUGACUACCCAGGUUCUGCCUGCUCCAUCCAGAGCUCUGCACCUCUUCGAGCCCAAGCCCACAAGGGAGCUGAACUCAAUGGUAGCUGCAUGCGGCCUGGCACUGGGAACAGCCAGGGUGCAGGUGGUGGCAGCCAGCCUCCAGGUCUGAACUCAGAGCAGCAGCCACCACAACCCCCUCCUCCACCACCAACCCUGCCCCCAUCUUCACCCACCAAUCCUGGAGGUGGAGUGCCUGCCAAGAAGCCCAAAGGGGGACCCAAUGCUUCUAGCUCCUCAGCCACCAUCAGCAAGCAGAUCUUCCCCUGGAUGAAAGAGUCCCGACAGAACUCCAAGCAGAAGAACAGCUGUGCCACUGCAGGAGAGAGCUGCGAGGACAAGAGCCCGCCGGGCCCAGCGUCCAAGCGGGUCCGCACGGCGUACACGAGUGCGCAGCUGGUAGAGCUGGAAAAAGAAUUCCACUUCAACCGCUACUUGUGCCGGCCGCGCCGUGUGGAGAUGGCCAACCUGCUGAAUCUCACCGAACGCCAGAUCAAGAUCUGGUUCCAGAACAGACGCAUGAAGUACAAGAAGGACCAGAAGGCCAAGGGCAUCCUGCACUCGCCGGCUGGCCAGUCCCCAGAGCGCAGCCCUCCGCUCGGCGGCGCCGCUGGCCACGUGGCCUACUCGGGCCAGCUGCCGCCCGUGCCCGGCCUGGCCUACGACGCGCCCUCGCCGCCCGCUUUCGCCAAAUCGCAGCCCAAUAUGUACGGCCUGGCCGCCUACACGGCGCCGCUCAGCAGCUGCCUGCCACAGCAGAAGCGCUACGCGGCGCCGGAGUUCGAGCCCCACCCCAUGGCGAGCAACGGCGGCGGUUUUGCCAGCGCCAACCUGCAGGGCAGUCCGGUGUACGUGGGCGGCAACUUCGUCGACUCCAUGGCACCCGCGUCCGGGCCUGUCUUCAACCUGGGCCACCUCUCGCACCCGUCGUCGGCCAGCGUGGACUACAGUUGCGCCGCGCAGAUUCCUGGCAACCACCACCAUGGACCGUGCGACCCUCAUCCCACCUACACAGAUCUCUCGGCCCACCACUCGUCUCAGGGACGCCUGCCCGAGGCCCCCAAACUGACGCAUCUGUAGCGGCUGCCGCUAGCCCGAACUCGCGGCUCAAUUACCUCUCCUGCUUUGGUGGUGGGGGUGGCGGGCGGGGCCCGCGGGGCAGCUGGGGACCGCCUCCCCCGCUCUGGCCCAGCCGCUGCCUCCCGGGUCUCAGGCCUCCAGAGGCAGAGGCGCAGGCGACCAGGCCUUCCCUCCAUGCGCGUCCUCCUUCGGGUGACUCGCCAUAAAUCAGCCGCAAGGAUCCUCCCCUGUAAGCCUGACAGUGCCACGUACUGCAGACCGAGGGACUCUAAUCUGGUAAUGGUGUCCCAAAGGUAAGUCUGAGACCCAUCGGUGGCGUGCCCUGCAGAGGGAUCAGAUCCCUGAGAGCCCUGGUCCUGGCCCUCGUCUAGCUUAGUUUCGGAGACCUUAAUUUAUACGCUCCUUCCCGUCCCGUAAGGAUUGCAUCGGACUAAACUCUCUGUAUUUAUUUGAAGCGAAUCAUUUCGUUUCCCUGAUUAUUUAUCCUUGUCUGAAUGUAUUUAUGUGUAUAUUUGUAGAUUUUUCCAGCCGAGUUUAGGAACGCGCUCCUAGGCCUUGGGGCCACAUUUCACCUCUUUAGUCCCAUUGGUCUGAACUAGUUGAGAGAGUAGUUUUGAACAGUUGUAACCGUGGCUGGUGUUUGUAGUUGAUGUAAAGGAUUAAGACCCCAAAUUGUCCUUCAUGGGUAGAGAGUCAGGAAACCCGGUGGCAAGACACGCAUUAGUCAGUUCUCAACAGCUAUAGCCCUCGCCACUCGACACAGUUUAUUGAUUUCAAAUUGUCUGGUACUAUUUGAACAAAUAUUUAGAAUAAAAAAAUUUCUCAGUCGGAAGUGUAUUUGUGUUAAUCACGCACACUUGCAAGCAGAUCACUAUGCCUUUACCUUUCGCACAAUCCCCAUGGAAGGCCCGGUAAUAGACUGACCCUUCGAAAAAAUUAUUUUAUUUCUUUGGGAUCUAGUUCACAGAUUGAUUCUGGGGAUACUUUAUUACUUUCCAGCUGUUGAAAUUAAGGGGGAAAAUGAGGAUGCAAACCUAGAAAGGUUCUGGGCAGGAUGACUUGGAUAGGGCUUUUUGAAAGCAGUGCCUGCUUUGCUGUUUCCUAACGCCCUCUUUCUAGACACAAUCGACUUUUACAUUGGGGAGGCCAGAGAUCACUUUUCUGCAUUAAGUAAUAAAAAAAUCUUUGAAAGAAAACUGACAAUCAAAGAAAAGACAUAAGAGAAGUCAUAAGAAGAAUUGAGCUAUGAAAAAGCUAAGGUGCCAAAAAAGAAAUCAUUAUUUGAAGAUACACACCUAAGCUUUUUCUCUAGGAAAUGCUGUCAUAAAUUCUUCCUUUGUAGUGGUCAUUAGUUCAUUUCUAAAGAAAACAAACCUUCCCCAAGAUGUAAAGAAAUAAAAGUUUCAUUAAUGGAACAUAACAAGUGUAAACACCUUGUUUACUCCUGUUUCUUUGUACAAAACGGGCAAAAAUGUCUGAAGGUUUUUUAACCAUUUUGUAAAUAUUAUCAUGGCUUUCAGCUAGGGGCGAACAACUUACCCGCUUCUUUGGAAGGGACCACUUAGAAAAAUGCCUUCAGAUAAGGUUCAAUUCUUUUGUAUUUCAGCAAAGUCAGCCCACGCAUCUCUAUUUGGUUUGACAAAUACUGCAACUCCUACUACAUACCCGGUGACACGAGGUGAAAUUCCUAUUGUGUGGAAAUAAUUUAACUUCUGAUCUUCUGGUGGAACAACAAUCGUUUCUAUUUGGAUGUUUGUGUUUCGCUAAGUAAUCAUGGCUCAAAAUAAUAUUUAGUUUUCUUGUUCCUUUGUGCUGUUUUUUAAAUGGCAUGUUAGAUUGGGGGCGGGAGGGGAUAUCCUUUUGCUAAAUUUCACUUUAUCUGAGCAGGUUUAAAGUAUAUAUGUUGUAGAAGUGUAUCAACAGAAUAAAUGACUUCAAUCGAAGGCAUAUUUUACCCAC